AUGGCUAAGUUCACAACCAUUUUCAUCAUGGCUCUCCUUCUCUGCUCAACGCUAACCUACGCAGCCCGGCCGGCUCCGACGACAACCACCGCUUCUUCCAUAGAAAACUCCGUGAAGGAAAUUGAAGGAGAUACAGUUGAAGAAGAAAGCUGUAACGGAAUUGGAGAAGAAGAAUGUUUGAUUAGACGUAGUGAUCUUGUUGCUCACACCGAUUAUAUUUACACUCAGAAUCACAAGCACUAA